UUUAUUAAUCAUAUGUACACAACCAACAAAGCGAUCAAAUUAAAGCAUUUAAUAAAAAAAAUAAAAAAAAAAAACAGGAUGUCAACCAUAACCAAACAAAGCACGAAAAUUUGUCAAGGACUAGAUACCAGAAUUGACAUAUAUUUAUGGAAAAUAGAAAAUUUUACACAACACCCAGAGACAAAUAUUAUGUCACCAGCAUUUGGACCAAAACCAUCUGAUGCAUUGUGCGCUCUUACAUUUUCUUGUUAUUUAAAUACGACAACUUUUACACUCGAUCACUUCAAGAAUAAACAAGAAUGUUCUUUACAAACUUCUUUUGAGAUCGCAAUAAUCAAUAUAAAUUCUUCAAAAAAUAUUCAAACAACAGAAAAAAACAUUCAUUUAUGUAAAAACGUAAAUGAAUUAUUAUAUAAUGUUAGUGUAAAGAUCGAUAUAAAUCUUUUUAAGGUUGUUAAAUCAGAUCCUUCAAGUUGGCUGCCAAAUGAUGUAUUAACAAUAUCAAUAAAAGUUGUGAGAGUACUUAAAAGUUUACCAACAAAAAUUAAUCAUCCAUCGAUAUCUGGAUUACCAUCAUAUCUUGAAAAUGAAAGAUUUAGUGAUAUUAUUCUUGAAGUUGAUGGAAAAGAGUUUAAGGCCCAUAAGAUGAUAUUGUCUCUCAAAAGUCCAGUAUUUUCAGCAAUGUUUGAUCAUGAAUCCAUGAAAGAAUCAAGAGAUAAUCGUGUUGUCAUUAAAGACAUUGAUGCAGAUGUUGUCAAACAAAUGUUAGAGUAUAUUUAUACUGGAAAAACACCAUCAAAAAUUAAUGAUUGUGUUCAUGAUCUCAUUGGUGCUGCUGAUAAGUAUCAUAUUGAUGAUUUAAGAGAAAUUUGUGAAAAUAAUUUAAUGGAAAAAUUGACAGUUGAUAAUGCUGUUCAUACGUUAAUUGUUGCUGAUCGUUAUGAUGCGAAAGAAUUAAAAACCAAAGUUGUUGAAUUUAUUAAACAAAAUGUGUCGAUUAUUGAUUCUGCUGAUUUUGAAGCUUUAAAAUCUAAUAACGCUAAUUUAGCUAUUGAAAUUCUUCGCAAAUUAAUACCUUUGAAUUAAAAGCAUCAAGAAAAUAUCUUUAUACAU